GGUGAGGGCGCACUAGCGUUAAAUGUCUGCAACCUCCAAAACACAGUACCAGAGGAAAAGUCAUCUACCAUAAACAAACUGAUGGAGUGAGGCUUUUCAUAUCAAAGGCACCUGGGAUCGAUGCACUGUACAAGCAUUAAGAAUGCUGAAAAUAAAGCAGAAGCAGCAGCUCAAGCAAAAGAUGCAUGGAACGGCCAUGUUAGAGCCUCACAGAAGAGGAGCACCAGUUGCUUCACUCCCAUAUUCACCUGAUUGUCGCUCUCCUCAACAGAGGCAUGUGCAUCCUGGAAGACGACCACCAGCACCAAAUGCCCCUCCACUUCUUCCUUCAAUCAGACCAUGCCAUAAUCCCAUGCUACAGCAGUGUGGGCUCAUGCACUCAAUGCCAGAUGUGUCCUUCAGUCACACCAAGUUGGUGUCAAGAGCAUUUCUAGAGGGAGGGGUCAGGCAGUCUAUUCUUGGGCCUCCUCCUAUAGGCAUUCCAGUAAGAGACCUCUGCAUGAACUUUGCGGCUGAUUGUUAUCCCCAUCCAUGUGGAUCACACAUCAGUACUAGGGAGAGUUCAGUGCAGAGCCUAGACAGAAAGAAGGAGAAUGUGCUAAACAUAGCUGGGAAAAGUCAUGGACAGAUGAAAAAAACAAGCACUGAUUCAGACAUGGGAAAAGUGGGUACAGUUGGACAAAUUCAAUCUUCAGUCCCAGAACAAGCAGAGCCACCUUUGAAAAAGCACAGAGGUCUGAGACCAAUUGAACUGGGGGAAGAGUCUGCAAAAGGAGAUAAGAUACAGCAGCCACCAAAGUCAAACUCUGCAAGUGUUUCAGACCAUGAAGUGGAUGAUAACAGCUCUGCACAACUUGAAGAAGACAGUGUUGAUCAGAACAGAGCAGCAGAGGUGCAGGGUGUUGGUACGUCUCUGAAGGUGACUAUCCAGCGUAGCAGUGAGAGUCGAGCCUUCAGCACUUCACCUGAGGAGAUGGCAGCAGGUGUAGGCCAUGAUGCCGAUAAAGAGAGAAGCAAACACACAGUCAAAUUCACCUGCCACAUUUGCAACGUCACCUGUCCUGACCAGCUAGGCUUCCAGAGUCACAUGAUCAGUUCAGAUCAUCAGCAGCGUAUGAUGGAAAUCCAGCAUGUGAGUAACGCCUGUCUGGCCACACUGUUACCCCAAACCCAGGAGUCCCUGCAAGGAACAAACAGAGAGAGGAGGAUGGGUCAUCAGCGCUGGUGUCCUACCUGUCAGUGUCGUUUUUCUGGUGACCUCAUUGAGCACAGACGAACAAAGAAACAUAAGAUGGCAAAAGUGUCUUCAAGACCUUUCUGUACCCUGUGUGAGCGCCACUUUAGGACUCCUCGCAAGUUUGUUGAGCAUAUGAAGUCUCCUGAGCACAAACAUAGGGUUGAGGAGUUAAGAAACGAGGGCGACCCAGAGGUUAUGGAGGAGCUCAUAACAGUGGAUGCUAUUGGCUGUUUUGAAGGGGAAGAUGAUUAUGAGGAGGAUAGAAAUGAAGAAGAGGUUGCAGUGUUUGAGAAGCAUCCUGCUCAUAGGGAGACUGCUCUUGAAGAGAGGACUAAUUAUGAGACAUAUGAUCCAGACACACAAUAUGGCACUAGUUUUGUGGUGCCUGUUGCUGGUUUCCUCUGUAAGCUGUGUCAUAAAUUCUACCACUUUGAGUCUUCUGCACGGGAAACUCACUGCAGGUCUCUUAAGCACUUCCAGAAUUUACAGAAGCAUAACACCCUAAAGAUGCAGAAGAACUGUGAGAGUGAUGCCUCAUGUAGCAGCUCAAUGGGGGACCCUCGAGGCCUGGAGCUCAUUGCUUCCUGCGCCACUGAGACCAUGAUUUCUGACAGCAGCCAAGCAGAUCUCAACAGAUUACACAUCAAUUCCUCCAGAAAGCACUUACACUCAAGGAAGCUUAAGCCAUCUAAAAGAGCUCACAAAUCCAAGACUUUACUCUCAAAAAUCUCUGUGGCUCCACAGAACCCUUCCGUGGUCAUGAAGCACUUAAUAUGUACUCCACAUUGUAGCUCAAGGUCAAGCCAAGAGUCACACUGCCAAGAAAGCAAUAGGCCUGACUCAAGUGUUCAACUACAGCAAACAGAGUCCGGUGAAAAAGAAAAGACAUCCUGUGACCCUGUGCUUUACUCAGAAGAGCUAGAAAAUGUGAGCGCAACACCCACAUUCAGACCGUGUCAUGUAUUACAGUUGAACUCAGAGGAGAAUGUUACAAAACCAAUUGAGGUUAAAGAGACAGUGAGCAAAGACCAAACAAAAAAUAUCCUUCAUGUUCAUAAGAGUCCAUCAAGUGUUUUCAUGAAAACUGUGAAGAAAACCUGAGACAAAAAAUAAAUCAGUUGUAAUAAUUAUAAAAUUAAUGUGAGCAGGGCGGGCGAGAGCCGUGAGGGAACGGCGCGAGGCCGGUGACGCGAGUGAUAAUGAGCGUCACCUGCGAGGCGUGC